AUGGUGAGGAUUGCACGAAUGGUGAAUGGCCAGGUGACGAGUUUCAGAUGCGCGGGAGUGUGCCUGGCGGUCAGCUGGAAUCAUAUGACCAUGGACGGGUUCGCCUUCGAUCGAUUCAUCAAAGCGUGGUGGGAAAUUGCAGACACGGGGCAGACGUCCGUCGAGCCAUCUUUCGAGCGAUCCUUCGCGCCCUCGGUCUCGGACAAAGCCCGAGUGCUGGGCAUCGCGCUGGACAUGAAGAACGUGGGCGACGCACUGUCCAAGAGAUUUAGGAACUUCCCAUCGUCGAGCGCUGCGCAAUUCCCCGUCGUGAACAAGUUGAUCAAUGUUCAGAUGGCCUCGGUGGAAAGGUUACGGCAGACAGCGAGAGAGGAUCGUGACGCCGGACCUCUCCAGCGACACGAACGCCUCACAACAUUCGAGUGCAUCUCGACUCAGAUAUGGCGAUGCUUCGCCAGAUUGUGCCGUGACGAAGACGACCUCAUCCACCUCCGAUUCACCGUCGAAUGCCGAAAGAAAUGCAGAGUCCCUCCCAUUGCAGACGAUUUUGCUGGUAACAUGUAUCUAUUCAUCGGUCCUCCGGCAUCGACAGGACGGGAAGUAUUAGACAAAUCCUUCACUCGGGGAGCAUGUGAAAUCCACGAGGUUGUAAACAGCGUGACUCCUGCGUCAGUGGCUAGCCUGCUCGACAACCAAUUCAAAUCGAUAGACGCAAUGGCAUCCGUGGUGAAUGAAGAAUUUCCAAACUCCCAUUCUGCUGCAAAGAGUCUUCUGCCAGUGACGAUCACUUCAUGGAGUCACUUCGAUAACUUCUACAAACUCGACUUCGGAUUCGGCCCUCCAAUUCUCUCCGCUCCGUGCUCUCUGUUCAACGUCGUGAACGAUCCGGUCGUGUACCUCCUCCCUCACGAUCCCAACUCUGUCGACGCUGCUCCAAUCCUCCUCCGUGCAAGUCCAACGAUACAUGCUCUGCUUUCUAGAGAUCCUGAGUUCUUAGACCUGAUUUCGUAA